GUUAAAGGGCCCUGAAGAGCAUUUGAAUAAGGGGAAAAAGUCCAACUCUUCGUUGUAUUGUCUACGGGUUGAAGUGGUUGGAAGAACUUGCACGUUCGCACAUACACCACUAAUCAACAAUCGUCUCAAGUUUCAUGGCAUCCCGUCAAUUGAACUUGGCAGAUGAAAAUGAGCGUUACAGUACUUUUAGAACAUGGCCAAACCCUAAUAUGCGCCCCCACGAGUUAUCAGCUAAUGGAUUUUACUACACUAAUUAUCAAGAUAUUGUGAAAUGUUUUGCCUGUGGUCUAGAAUUGGGUGACUGGCAGUUGGGCGAUGAUCCAUUCUUGGAACACCAAAAUUGGCGACCAAAUUGCCCUUUUUUACGUGAUUUUUUUAUGAAUGAUAUUCGUCAUCGUGAAGAUUUUGUCAGUCACACUCAUCGUAUUCAUGUUGUAUCUGAGGUUUGCCCUUUGCAUGCUAGAACCCACCAAAAUGACAAUAAUGGGGUAAAUAUGGUUCAAAAUGCUCUUGAGAUGUUGGGAAUAAAUGAGACUGGACCACCAGUGCAUUCAGUGUUUGUAUCACCUGGAAGUAGACUACAGUCCUUCAAGACUUGGCCGAUUUCAAUGAAGCUGCGGCCAGAGAGAUUGUGUGAAGCUGGAUUCUUCUAUUCUGGACAUGGUGACAAAACAGUUUGCUUUCAUUGUGGAAAAGAAGUCAGCAAUUGGACUGAUGGAGAUGACCCUUGGGUUGAGCAUGCUAGAUGGUCUCCUAAGUGCUCGUACGUUAUUCUCAAUCAAGGGAGAGAUUUUGUGGAAAAUGUAACAGGGAAUGCUAGAAGUCCAGCAGAUUCAAUGAAUUUGAGGGAUGUGAAUAUUCCUGCUGAACUAAGAGAUUCAAUUGAAAUCAGAGAAAAUGCAGAAAUUGAAAAUCCUUCCAACCAAGAGCCAGUGGGAUCACAACCAGAAUCUCAGGCAGAGGCAUUUCAGCUAGAUUCAUCUCAACCAGGCGCGUCCACAGGGGCAGUUAAGAAAUCUGGCAAGUCUGGAGGAUCCAAAAGUCGUAGGAGCAACAGCACUAAAGCUAAGGCAUCAAAGGGUUCUUUUACAGGAUCCAAAAGCUCAGAUAAGGAUAAUCGUACAGCAACAGCCAAAAGUUCUGUCAACAAAGAGAAAAAUGGAGAAGCUUCCAAGAAAGAUGAAAGCCUUAUCUCUGAUGACCGAUUGUGUAAGAUAUGCUGGCAGGAGCAAUUAGAGUCUCUACCAAGGUGUUCCUGA